AUGGUGUAUCUAGAUCAUUUAACUAAAUUUGUGCAGCUACGACCUUUGAAAACUAAAAGGGCUGAAGAAGUAGCGUAUCACGUUCUUCCAAUAUUUUUAACAUUUGGUGCUCCAGCAAUAUUGCAAUCAGAUAAUGGUAGAGAAUUCAGUAAUCAAGUCAUAUCCGAAAUAUGCUCUAUGUUGAAAGAUGUUAAGAUAGUUCAUGGAAAGCCUCGUCACAGUCAAACACAAGGCUCAGUUGAAAGGGCCAAUCAGGAUAUACAGAAUAUGCUAAAUGCAUGGAUGAACGAUAACAAUACAAAUAAAUGGUCAGAAGAUUUAUCCUUUGUUCAAUUUGCCAAGAACACUACAUACCACGAAGGAAUACGCCAAAGUCUUUAUGAAGCCAUGUUUGGCAUUAAAGCGAAAAGAGGCAUAGAAUCGUAUUUUUUGCCUAGCGAACAAAUCGCAAGUAUCGAAACUGAGGAACAACUUGAAGAAAUCGCCAAUACUUUUGAAACCGAAGAACAGCUUGGAAAAACUGGUAAUACUUCUGAAAAAAAUUUGAGCGGUGGUCAAACCGAAAACCAAAUUCCAAAGAAAAAUAUUGAAGAGGACUUGCAAUCUACCACGUCUUUACAUCAAGUUCUGAAUGAAAAACACGAGUUAAUUUCUAUAAAAAGAGCGGCCGCGAAAGAGAAUCUUCUACUGCAAGCAACAAAAAUGUUGCGAACCUCACAAAAUCACAUAAUCAGUUCGAAAUUUGUAAAGAAAAGCUCCUUUCCAUAA